GCAACAGCAGCAGCACCACCAGCAGCAGCAGCAGCAGCAACAGGAGCCACUUGGCAGUCCCGAGUCGGCGCUCUCCGGCCAUGUUGGCCUUGUUGGCGGCGCUGGCUGCCUGCUGCGCGCUGUGCCCGGCGCCGGCGGGAGCGGCGGCCUGCGAGCCGGUGCGGAUCCCGCUGUGCCGCUCCAUGCCCUGGAACAUGACCAAGAUGCCCAACCAUCUGCACCACAGCACGCAGGACAACGCCGUGCUCGCCAUCGAACAGUUCGAGGGACUGCUGGGGACGGGCUGCAGCGCCGACCUGCUCUUCUUCCUGUGCGCCAUGUACGCGCCCAUCUGCACCAUCGACUUCCAGCACGAGCCCAUCAAGCCGUGCAAGGCGGUGUGCGAGCGCGCCCGGCGCGGCUGCGAGCCCGUCAUGCGCCGCUACAACCACAGCUGGCCCGACAGCCUCCACUGCGGCGAGCUGCCCCUCUACGACCGCGGCGUCUGCAUCUCGCCCGAGGCCAUCGUCAAGGCCGACGCCGCCGACCCGUCGUCCCAGGAAGCGGGCCGCUGCAGCCCAGAGUCCAGUCCCGACUUCCCCUUGGAUGCCAACAACCUUCACUGCAGGGACGCCGCCGAUCGCUGCAAAUGCAAGACAGUCAAGAUGGGUCUGAAAAGCUACCUGAAGAACAACUACAACUACGUGAUCCGCGCACGCGUGCGUGAGGUGCGCGCACGCGGCAUGGAGCCGGCGGCGGCGGUGGUGGAGGUUCGCGAGGUCCUCAAGUCUUCGCUGGUGCGCAUCCCGCGAGACACGCUGAGCCUUCACUACACGUCGUCGUGCCAGUGUCCGCCCCUCACGGCCGGAGACGAGUACCUCAUCAUGGGCUACGAGAACGAGGAGACGUCCAGGUUGCUGCUGAUUGACGGCUCCGUGGCGCAGAAGUGGAAGGACAAGAUGGGACGCAAAGUCAAGCGUUGGGAUCAGAUCCUGCAGGGAAAAGCCAGAGCAGCUCAGCGCAGGAACCGCCACUGAGAGGAGAGCAACGCUGCGUGCGUGCGUGCGUGCGUGCGUGCAUGUAUGCGUGCGCGACUGUGUGCACGUGCCUGCGUGCGUGCGUUUAUAUUGCACUAGCACAGGUUGCUGAAUGUACUUCACUUAUCUUUGCACAUUUUCUUUGGGUGGGUGGGUGUGUGUGCGUGCGUGCGUGCGAGGCUUCUUACCCUGGAUCUUUUUUCUCGUCUGUGCCUUUUCACAAAUGUUGUCGUGCUAAAAACAGAGCAAGAGAGCAAAGCCAUGGGUUGAAUCCUUAUUUGGCAGCCUGAACAAUAUGACACAACAACAACAACAACAACAACAAAACACGACACACCUGGGCACGUUUCUCCUUUGUUUCUGAAACUGAAGAACCGCCGCAGGUCUUAAAUUUCGCAAGACGAUAGAUGAGGUGGAAGACCCAAUGAAGAUAAAACCUUAAAAAUAAAAUAAAAAAGCUUUGGUUUGGAA